CUUCCGGUUGUUAAAACUGCGAACUGUUGAUUAUGAAUCACUGGAAUAUUUGCCAGAAAGUCAAAUAAUAGCAUAGACAGGAGGACAUCCACCAUUGCUUGACAUUAUAAUGCACGGAACAUUGUAAUGAGUGCCAGUUUUGAUGGUAUCAAAGGCUUGAUUCCGUAGAAAUAUGUAAAGAGAAGCCCAAGAGUUGUGAAAACGUUUUGUUUGCUGUAAAUUCAGCGUUUGACAGUCAUGAUUUAGCUGUGUCUGUUCUGAAAUAAGAGAGAUGCUGGGUUUAAGCGGCCUAUCGAAAGUACAGAGACUUAUACUAGGGAUUGUGGUGCUGCUCAUUGUGGAUCUAAUAUGGGUAGCAUCAUCCGAGUUGACGGAGUACAUAUUCAAGAACACAGAUUUCAAGAAGCCAUACUUUACAUCAUACUUCAAGACUGCCAUGUUUGUGGUUUACUUGACGGGGUUCAUACUGUGGCGACCUUGGCGAGACCAGUGCAGGCGAGGACCGAAGAAAACAGUCGAGGAACACCAUAUUGAAAGUCCUCCAGCAGUGGAUAACAUGCUGGGUGAUCCAGUAUAUGUGCCUGUGAAGAAUGAAGACAAGAACAGUGGCACUGAAUCCGAUGAUGCAGGGAGUAUUACAUCUAGCAAGUCUGUUAGGUUCAACAACCUAUCAGAAGUACGACAGUUGUCAGAGACCUAUGCAGAGGAACACUUGAUGGCGAGACUGUCGUACCAGGCAUCUCAGCGAGCUGAGGAGGCUCGGCUCCGCUCUAUGAGCAAACUGACAAUACGUCAGGUUAUCAAGUUAUCUGUAUUUUUCUGUGUCUUGGUAAUGGUUUUUUUUGCCCAGUAUUUCUAUCAGAAGGCCCUAGUUGAGACGGAGGCUGGCAUGGUCAAUGUAUUGUCAUCUACGUCAGGACUGUUUACCCUUGUCUGUGCAGCUGUUUACCCAAGUUCAGGGGCAGACAAGUUUACGCUGUCCAAAUUAGUAGCUGUUUUAGUCAGUAUUGCAGGUGUGGUGCUAGUGAGUAUAUCAGAUAUAAAGCUGGAGAACGGUGUUCCGGCAGGUGCACUUUGGGCCCUUGGAGACGCGAUAUGCUACGCCCUGUACCUUGUGUCGCUGAGGCGGAAAGUUGACCACGAGGAUAAGAUUGAUAUUCCCAUGUUUUUUGGGUUUGUGGGUCUCUUCUGUACACUUCUAUUGUGGCCAGGGUUCUUCAUCAUCCACUAUUCCAAGGCUGAGGUGUUUGAGUGGCCAGACAAGAGUCAAUGGCUGCUGAUAGCUAUCAAUGGCCUUGUUGGAACAGUCUUCUCCGAGUUCCUGUGGCUGUGGGGCUGUUUUCUGACGUCAUCUCUUAUCGCAACCCUUGCCUUAAGUCUCACAAUACCUCUCACCAUGAUGGCCGAUGUAAUCAUGAAAGGGGUUAAUUACUCCUGGAUGUUCUACCUGGGAUCUGUGCCUGUCUUUGUUGCGUUCUUCGCUGUUAGCUUUUUAACCCACUAUGAGAACUGGGAUCCGGUUCUCAUUGCUGUGAAAAAACUUAUACACUGCCUCUGUCGGCGCCGACUAAAAUCCAGGACACGGGAGUUGGAUCGUGAACAAACAGAGAGUUUGAUUGGAGUGUCUGACGGCAUGCAGUAAAUUCAACACACAGGAUCUGUUUCUCCAAUAAUUUUGUACAUCAGGCAUAUUGUGAUAUUGUCUUCAGAGCAUUCAAACAGAACCAGGGUGCACGUGUAUCUCAAUCUUAAAUUGUCUUUCCUCCAGUGUUCAUUCACAUACUAUACAAUCUGUUUGUACAAUCAUUUCCUUCAACUCUCACCUGUUAGGUGUAUCCAUAUUCAGGGCAAUGAAAGAUUCCAGUAUAGUUGUCUCUAGAUAGAAUAUUUAAUAUGUAUCAAUGGAAUAUUACAUGUGUAUCAAUGGAAUAUUACAUGUGUAUCAAUGGAAUAUUACAUGUGUAUCAUUACCCGGAAGAGUGAUUUCGUGGUUGAAGAUUAUUAUUGAAUAAUCAUGAAUGUCCCAUAUGAAGCUUAUUUUCAGAAAUGCUUUGCUAUGUUAGAAAAAAUUAUUCUUAACGUUAGAAAUAGUUAUUCUUCACAUGCUUUGAAGUUAUUUUCCAGCAAGCAUGUUUGUCAAGCAUUUGAAGUAUUAUCCUAGCAUGCAUAGAAUACUCUUCAUUUGGCAAAAAAUAAUGCUUCAAGUAUUUUGGUGAUUUGUCUUCCUAUUUCAUACACAAAACAGGUAGAAACAGGAAAACACAUGACAAUCUGAUCUACCCUUAAUGGGACGGGCAUAUUUCAUGAAACAUUUCCAGUAACAUAAUGGUAGGCAGCAAUUCUGGACACUGGUCAUUGAAUGAACACUUGACCUUUCACAGCCAGAUAAUUCAGUAAUUAUUUCUACAUUUGUGCGUGUCUUAGGCUCAUGGGAGUGUUGGGAUAGCCUAGUGGUUAAAGCGUUCACUCGUCAUGCCGAGACCUGGAUUCGAUUCAUCACAUAGUUACAAUGUGUGAAGCCCAUUUCUGGUGUCCCACCAUGAUAUUGCUGGAAUAUUGAAAACCUGAAAAGCUACCCAUUGCUACCAACCUGUUAGAGGUUUAUCGAGUUGGGCUAUAAAUUGUCUUCAUUUGUUAAUUAGCUCAUCAGGAAAUGAAUUCUUUCAUUUUGUUUGUCUUGUCACUUGUCAGUUUGUGAGAGAAUGACCCACUUGAUGUUGUAGUAAGCACAUUUUGUAACUCAGCAAUACAUUAGAAUAUACAUGGUUCUUCACA